AUGCCACAACCAAAACUUAAGAAGAACUCUGGCCUCGGUAGAACAAUUAUUAAAGAUAGAUUUAAAGGUCAUAAACCUAAAGAUGGCGAUACUGCAUUGCAUACAACUGACUUAAACGAUGGGCCUAGCUGGACAAACUUACAAUCAAUAACACAUCAAAAAGAUUUGGAUGAAUUUCUUAGUACGGCACAAUUAGCAGGAACACAAUUUACAGCUGAAAGGUUGAAUAUUAAGGUAGUGACAAAUCAUUAUGAGAAUCCGUUUCUUUUGAGCUCUGAAAAAGAAAAAGAAACAUUGGCAAGACAUGAAGCUAAUAAAGAACGAUUGGUUAUACCUAGAAGACCCAAAUGGGAUAAAUCAACAACCCCUGAACAAUUAGAACAUGAAGAAAAAGAAUCAUUCCUAAGAUGGAGACAACAAGAUGAAUUCUUGUUGACACCGUUUGAACGAAAUAUAGAAGUUUGGAGACAAUUAUGGCGAGUAAUAGAAAGAUCAGAUUUAGUUGUUCAGAUAGUAGAUGCUAGAAAUCCUUUGUUCUUUCGUUCAAUUGAUUUGGAAAAAUACGUUAAGGAAAUUGAUGAAAAAAAAAAGAAUCUUUUAUUAAUUAAUAAAGCUGAUUUGUUGACUAGUAAACAAAGUAUUUUAAAACCUUUAGAAAUAGAUAGUUCACAUUAUUUAUACAAGUCAUUAAUUGGACCAUUUAAGAGCAUUGGUAAAUAUGAAUAUGAAAUAAUUCAUCAACCAAAUGGAAAUUGCGCAAACAAUAUCAAUUAUAAACCAAUUAUUAUUGCAUCAAGCACAUUUACCCUAUUUCCUAAUUUAUCAUUACCAUCGUCACCAACAUCAUCAUCACUUUCCAACAUGUCAUUACCUUCCAUGUCAUCGUCAUCACUAUCAUCAAUAUAUCCUAUAAAAAUAUUGGGAUUUUCUGAUAAUCAAUAUAAUUUAAAAACAUUUAAUAAAAUUGUUAAAUCAGCAUCAAUACUGCACAAUCAACCUAACUUUAUAUUACAUGUUGGUGAUCCUGUACAGAAAUUUGAUAGUUUACAGCAAUGGCAAACUGAUUUUUUUGAUCCAUUAAUCAAUUAUAAAUUAAUCCAAAAAUCACCAAUGAUUUUUGCUCAUGGUAACCAUGAUUUUAAUCCAUUGUUAAAUUACCAUUACACAACAAAUAAAUUAUGGUAUUCAUUCACUAUAGCAAAUACACGUUGGAUAGUAUUGGAUAGUAAUAUUGAUGAUGAGUUACAAGAUAAAUGGUUGAUAAAAGAGUUGUCAUCAAUCGAAUCAAAAUUGGCCAAGUUUCGUAUUGUGGUGGUACAUAUACCACCAUUUGUUGAAUUUUGGGAUCCAAAAUCCUGGAAUGAGAAAUCAGAAAAAUAUUGGGGUGAUUUUGUUAGGAAGAGGUAUGUACCUCUAUUUCAAAGAUAUGAAGUUGAUUUGGUGAUAAGUGGACAUCAACAUAAUUACCAACGUGGUCAAUUCGAUGGUACUGUUUACACCAUAAUUGGUGGUGCAGGUGGCGAAUUAGAUUAUGAGAGAGUUGAAGAUUGGAAAAUUUAUUCAAUUGUUAAAAAAAUUCAUCAUUACGUGUUGAUUGAAAUUUGGUCUGAUAAAUUGAUUUGGGUAGUUUAUGAUAUUAAUAAUAAAGUUAUUGAUAAAUUUGAGUUAGGAAAGAGAGCCAUUUUUACUUAA